AUGGAGAGUUCACGUGAUAUCUUGGAAAGUGCUCGUGCACGUUAUGUGGAGGCUAAGCGUGCAGCGGAGAAUACGAUCUCGGAACAUAUGAUGCGUUCCUCUCGACUGUUGAAGCAAGUGCGUAACGUUGGUGAGAUACAUCCCGAGUCAUCUGCACAGAGCCAAAUGUCUUACAUGCGUUCAUUACAAAGUCUAGGUGCCACAAUGUCGGAUGCUGAUAUGGCGGUUGGUCCUAUUCCUACUUACCGUCGUGGUACCGUUUCAUGUUCUACUUCUUGGUCAUCUUCAGAUAGUGGACGCAAACAGAUGACACAAGCUGCCUGGAUAUCUCAGAGUUCUACUGUCCAUUCGAAUUUGUCCAAGAUAUCGAAUUGGGAGGACCCCGUAAAGAUCCCUGAGAUAUUGUUGACAGACCCUGCUGAUAUAUUAUGUGGGAAGAAAUCUGCUACUAAGGAUGAAGACGAGGCGAAAGACAAAUUAAGUGAACUUUUGAAUGACACUAGUUACGAGAUAGCACUCGAGGCAGAUGUCAGCGAUGCUACUCGUAACACGGCUAUGUUUUCUCAACACGUUGCAUCUUCUCUCAACUAUUUCAAAGGUGAUGCUUCAUCUGCUGGCAAACUAUUUGGUGUUACGACUAACCGCGAGCUUAUGGAUUCGCUCGUUAGCGAGACUUGUGCGGGCUUGGAGCAUCUUAGUCAUGAGUGGAAUGUUGCCCGGGGUACCGGUGCACGUCUAGUUGAACCUCAAGUUGUCCCUGUGCGUGCCAUUAGGGAUUCAUGUGAUGAAUCCACUUUGUCCAACAUCGACGACUUGUAUAUGAAGACGUUCGGCAUGCGUUCAGGAUUGCUUGGCAAUGACAACAACCAUACCUUGACACAUGCAUUACUCCACAUCAGUGAGAAGGACAAGUCUCGUGAAGCGGAGCUUGCACCAAAAAUGUGCACUACUCGGCCGCCUGUUAAGGCUGCGGCAGCUCGCAAAACAUCGGUGUCCCCUGCUGCUAAAGCUGGUAGCUCGGUGACCUCCAUUUCUAGUGAAAGCAAUGGCCCUGUGAACCCUCUGGAUCAUGUAAACAUCCUGUGUGAAGAUAAAUUGGCUAUUCGUCUUCACAAGAUGUCCGACUUCAAUCCCCCGUUUACGCAUAUGUCUGGCACUAGUGGUACUGAUGUGGAGGUCCAGGCAGACAUUGUUAGCAUGCCUAAAUCGGAAAAGUCUGACCCUCUAAAUUCUGGUAGCAAGAUAAAGGUCGUAUAUGCAGGUCGUGAUGACGAUUUGUCUGUUUUAGGCAGGGGUUCGCUGAUUAUCCAGCCGAGUUCGGCAGAGUUGGCCUCUGAGUCAUCUGCUUCUGCAUUAGUAUCCAACGUGAAACCAAGACUUUCCAAGGAGGAACUUCUAUCACCAACUCCUACUGUGCGUACACCUGAACCCCAACCUGCUGACGUACGCACUCGCCGUGCUUUACAUCGUGAGCAGCUUGCCAAAUAUGAGGAUGAGCAACAUCAUCGUUGGAGGGAACAACACGCUCCAUUAUAUGACAAGAUGCGUUUGAAUGAACGUUGUGGUGUCCGAAUGUCGAUGUUAUGCCGAGGUGGUCGUCGUGGCGGUUCUCGUUUGUCACAUGCGUCUCGUCCCGUCGAAGCACCGACCACUGUUAACGCUGAGGAUACGAGUUUGAUCUACGAAUCACCAUCUAACAAGCUGCAGCGCACAUCUAGUGUGAAAUCUGUUAAAGAAGAAGUUGCUCCGAUGUUGGAAUUAGGUACCUGCGACUCACCACGUAUAGUUCGGGGAUACUAUGGAUAUGACGAUGAUCCUGGGCUCCAAUUACGUACUGCCCGUAGUGGUAAGGUUCGCGAUUUUUUUGCUACAUCAUCGCCAAGAACUAUGUCAAUACAACUAGACAAACCGGUGGCUCGAUCUGGUUUUCGUGACCCAUUUCAAGAUUUUGACGGAUGGUGGAAUCAGCAUACCGUGCCUCUAUCAAGGUUACGUGAACAACUGUCGAUAUCGUGA